AUGGCUGGAGUUGGCCCGGGCAACCAACUCAGGAGUAGAUCGCAAGCUCCGCAGAGUAUGAAAGAGGCGAAACAGCCGGAGUCGACACAGGGAGCGGUAGACAAGAAAGAGCCUUCCAAGAUGAACAGGAGUGGUGAAAUGGUGGCGUUUUUCUGCUUUUUAGGGAUAUUUAUUUCAUACUUCGUCUAUGGUCUGCUUCAGGAGAAGAUAACGAGGAAAACGUUUGAUGGAGAAAAAUUUCACUUCUUCAUGUUCCUUGUAGGCUUCCAGUGCGUUGUAAAUGCCUGCAUUGCUAGGGCUGUGAGUUGGUACCAGGAAAUUGCAGUCUCCCUAAAGCCGUACAGACUUUACCCCAUACUGUCAGUCUCAUAUGUUGGAGCCAUGGUUGCCAGCAACAGUGCAUUAGCCUACAUCACCUACCCCACUCAGGUUUUGGGCAAGUCAGCCAAGCCCAUUCCUGUCCUCAUUCUAGGUGUUGUUCUUGGGAAGAAGCACUACCCAGCCAUGAAGUACCUCAUAGUCCUCUUAAUAGUGGUAGGUGUGGCUGUGUUUCUCUACCGGGAUGACAACCAGAAGGCAACGAAUGAAGUCCACUCUUGGAGGCUGUUCCACUUUCUGGGUCUUGGAGAGCUGCUGGUGUUUCUCUCCCUCACUCUGGAUGGAGUCACUGGAGCCAUCCAGGAGCGACUGCGACAGAGUUAUGACAACUCUGCCUACCACAUGAUGUUUGCUGUGAACGUGUAUGCCUGUUUCUACCUGGGAGCAGCUUGUCUCCUCAGUGGGGAAGGACUGGAGGCAGUUGGCUUCAUCUUCAGGCAUCCAGAAGUGUCCCUCAACCUAGCAGCUUUCUCUCUAGCAAGUGCAGUAGGUCAGCUUUUUAUCUUCACAACAAUCACUCACCUGGGCCCCCUUACCUGCUCCAUCUUCACUACCACGCGCAAAUUCUUUACAAUCUUGGCAUCUGUUCUUCUCUUCGCAAACCCACUUCUUCUCCGCCAGUGGGUUGGCGUGAUUCUGGUGUUCCUGGGCCUCCUGCUCGAUGCCUUCUAUGGCAAGUCCUCUAAACCAGAGCAAGAAAAAGUCAAGGGCAAUGGCAUUCCUCAGGCACCAAGUUCAACUGUCUAGCACUCAUUUGUAUAAUAUAUAAUAUUAUUAUCAUCAUAAAUCAAUUCUAAUAAAAGCAGUGUUCAAUGUUGUAUAUACAUGGGGUUAUGUAACAGGUCCAGUUGCUAGGAUUCGGCACAUCUGACUACUGCUCUGAGGUCGUGGGAUGGCAGACAUGGCUCUCCUCCCUCUCCCACCUGGGAAUGAGCGGUAGACGGAUGCAGAUUUCUGCCUCAUCAGCCGUAUGGUGGCUGGGGCUGAUUGUGUGCGUUGGCGGAAGGUGUGCAGUGGCCUGGGGUUCUCAAAGGGAUCUUCAUAGUCAAACACAGAAUGUCGAGCCCGAAGGUCAAAAGUGUUUCUGCGAUAGCCUUCCUCACCAUGCCAACCAACAGCUGCAUGUUCAGUUGGAACACUAGUGUGGCCUCCCCACACCAGUCUUGUACAACCUGCAUGCAGAAAUACUUCAGAUACUGUUUGGAGUAACAUGCACACAUCACCUGCUCCUUCUUUCUGUCUGGCUGUAAGGUAAGCAGUAGCUUCACUGCUGGCACAAAACUUGUCAAUGACUCUGCCUUGCAUUGAAACCUCUUGUUCUUGCUUUCUGGUGACGAAAGGUGGUAGUCCUUUUCGCUUGAAGUAGCUGGAGACAUGUUUGUCGGAUUGGGCCUUGAACUGCGGAAUACCGAUGUUCAUGGAGGGAAACGUUCUGUCUGUUUCAUCGUUGGCGAGGUGACUCACACAUACGCCGUCCAGCACGAACCCUUGCUCCAGUUGCUUCUGUCUAUAUCUUUCAGGACUUUGAUAAGUAAAUUUUGUAGAACUGCUGAAGCUGACGCGUCUCUUGUUCUUCAUCCGCUUUUCAUCGGGGCUUGUGCUCGACGUCGUCUUUUUCGCUUCCAUCGUCUCUUAGGCUUGGAGAAACCGGCUGAAGGCGGGGCU